AUGUCUCUCGACAACAGGCACUUGCCCUCAAGAUCGGGUAAAGAUAACCCCCCAAUUAGCCAUCCUGUCACUAGAUCGAAACCGCCCCUUUUAGCGAGUAGUGGCUCUGCCAAUGCUGCAUUCAGUAACACAUCUUCUGCUAAUGACACAAGCAGUGAUGAUAGUGACAGUAGCUGUCCUGGUAGUAGCAUUGACCGGCUAUCGCCCAACUUCAACGUAUUGAGAGUCAGCAGGGUUCGGCGAACGGUGCGUGGUCCACUCGCUUCUUUGCAAACGCAUACCGAUCAGCCAGGCGAUGUGGACAGUGAAGCACGGUUCACUGACUGGGAUGGGGAGAGCUUGGUUUACGCGCCUAAUGGAUCCUUCGUUGGCUGCAUGUUCCCCGAUGGCCGCAGCGAAGUUGCCCCUGAAGAUUCUAUCUCAAUGAAGGGUGUCCAUAGACGGCCGUAUGAGGAUGUGCCAUACGAGGGAUCCGAUGAUGAUGACGAUGACGAGGAUAUCUGCUUGGAUAGAAGCAGAGCGCCAAAGUAUGAGGAUCGGCUUACCAAACUAGGCUAUGUUUCGAGACUACCAGAUAUUGAAGGAAAGCGACACUAUCGCAUCGAAUUAUCCAUCGAUAAAUCACUUGAGGAGGACAAGAUCCGUACUAGGCUGGGGACUAUAAGCCUAUCCACCUCCAGGCUUCCUAUGCUCAACCACGACGGUCUUCAACCUAAGCUUGCUUCAGAUUUGGAGGGUUUCAACAACGGAUUCUUAGAGGUCAAGAGAUCGCCUGUUUCAGGAUAUGGAGUAUUCGCUGUUUGUGACCUUGAACCCUUCACACCUAUUCUCAUCGAACGAGAGCUUUUUAGUGCCAACUCAUUCGACCUUUAUGAUAAACUGGAUGCGCUCACAGAAGAGCAGAGGAAAGCUUAUCAUGCUCUGCACAAUCACAAGCGGACACCAUCCGAAGACAGCCGCGCCGCCAUUUGGCGCACGAACAGGUUCUCGAUCAGUUCAAGGGGCUCCGUGUUUCUCAUAUCGUCGCGGUUCAACCACGCAUGUGGUGAUCGUAACAACGUCGACUACUCGUAUGACCGCGACAAGAGAUGUAUGGUGUUUGUGGUCAAGAAGAAUGUUGAGUCGGGCAGCGAGCUGUUCAUACAAUACGGCAAGGGUCCGGCUCACCUAUUUGCUACAUGGGGUUUCCGUUGCGCGUGUGGCGGCUGUGCAGGUCUCUCUGAGGACGAUUGCAAAGCCAUUAAGUCGUCAGCCUGGGGUGAAGACAACGAUAACUUGGUGAUGUGGUAGAGGGCUGCUAACGCAUCGAAUGCGUAAUGAAUGGGAUCAACCACGCGAUGUUGAUAACGACAUGUUAUCAUCUACUAUGACAAUUUCCUUAUAGCUGUUGAAUGAUCCUAACUAGAUUUAUCUAACCGAUACAUAUAUAUCGUAUAUGGAAUGGGUCUGAAACCCUUGUGUGGCAGUUGGGAGAAUCAAAGACGAGUUACAGUACCAAGAGAGGAAAAGGGGCAUGGGUUAUUGCCGGA